AUGAACAGCCCGCUGCGCUUCACGCUCGGCGGCGAGGUGCGCAAGGCGGCCUACACGCUCCAGAACCUGACGGACCGCGAGAACGUCAACUACUGGGAGCGCGACAACGAGUACUGCACGGAGAUGCUCGAGGCCGUCGAGGGCCUCAUGUUCAUGACCGUGGGCAAGAUCGCGUUCAUCGGCGGCUUGCGCUUCGCGACGGGCUGCGUCGUCGCCAAGCUGCCGGACAACACGUGGUCCGCGCCCUGCGCCGUGGGCUCCUUCGGCGUGACCUUCGGCGCGUGCCUCGGCGCCGAGGUCACGGACAUGGUCACGGGCAUCGACCGCGAGACCAUGGAGAAGUUCUCCAACGAGCAGGUGUCCAACGUCAUGCUCGGCGGCGAGGCGUCCUUCGCGCUGGGGCCGCUGGGCCGCACGGCGACGGGCGAGGCCUACGUCGCGGGCGCGGGGCCGAGCUCGAACUCGGAGGCGUACAUGUCGUACAGCCAGUCGCGCGGCGCCUACGGCGGCGUCACGGUCGACGCGGCCUACGUGUCCGUGCGCAAGGACGUCAACGAGAAGUUCUACGGCUACGCCGUGAGCGCGCGCGACGUCCUCGGCGGCAAGGUCGACCGGCCCAAGGCCGCGGAGCCGCUCUACUCGGCGCUCGCGAACUUU